AUGCCGCUGUCGCUCUGGGCGCGACGCACUAGGAAGCAGAAGUCUACAGAACGCCUACUGGGACAGGAUAUUAAUACGGCCUGGCAUCGAUUGACUACGUUCGAGGAGCGAACCGGGAACAGGACCAGCAUCGCUGUGAAUCCCAUUAUUAUGAUGAAACCGUCGCUCUCCAGGACAAGGUUCUCUCAGCUCAUAUCUCGCAAAUGGGCAUCUGAAGAGGAUGAGGAGCUCCCAGAUAAAGGACUUCGCAAAAGGCAGCCGGUACCUGGCCUUGCGACAGUGAAUUCUGAGCUUCAGAUUCCUUCUAGGUGA